UGCUCCACACGGCCGUGGUUUCGACACGGGAGAGCCGAUCAGGUUCAUUCAUUCUGUGUUGUCAUCGACACGACGACGGGUGUGCGAUAAGUUUUCUGUGCGAAUCCAUGGUGUUUUCCGCUAGGCGAAAAAUAAGGCAAAACUGUCAGCCAUCGAGAGAAUCGAACCAGCAGCAGCAAUAGGGCAAAUGAAAAUAAAGUCUUCGGCGACUGGUGAUAAAUAGUUUGCUUUUAUGACGUUCGCAGAGGAAAAACUGUAAAUUAACAGUACGCGAUUCACAGUUUGCUGCUUGUCCGGGGCUUCCCAGUGUGGUGUAAUUAGUGAAGAACGGGAUUAGGAAAAAAAGCAGAUACGUGGUAGAAAAUAUUAAAGUUUGGGUGAAAUUGCGAAAUCGACCAGUGUUUUUUUUUUCGGUAGUGCAAACAUUAUCUAAUUUUGUCAUUUGGUGAACCGGAGGAAUUCGGAGACUGCGAAAAUACUUUCCGGAAAGUUCCAUGCGAAAAGUUUGAAUUACUGCACGAUGGAGUGCUGGAAUGGACAGCAGCGUUGACCAGUAUAUGAUGGAAUUCCUUCAAACAAUGAAAAUGUGUCAAAGCAGUGUAGAUUAGUGAAGUGUGUUAGUUGCGUUGCAGAAUUGCCGUGCUUUGUGAAAGUGAAAUUAAAAUAAAACGAGUCCCAUUCAAAUACCAGCAAAAAUGCCGAUCGUUUUGAGCGGUACGCUACCGCUACCCAGUAUUCGAGUCUAUACCAGUGUCAGUAUCCUGCUGGUUUCGAUCAUGCUAUAUUACUCGAUAGAUGUAACCAGUGAUCCGUUCUGGAGACAGCAGAGCAAUGCCACCUCGGUCGGUGGAAAUGUGAAUAGCCUUCUGACCGGUACGGUGGCAGCUUCGGGUGCGGCCGCAGCUGCCGGUGAUGCUGCCGCCGGGGUAGCUGGUGGUGCAGCGAAUAUUGCCGCCCCGAAUAAGCUGAACUCCGUGCUGACGGUGAAGGAGCUCAAUGAUUUGGAGGAAAAAAUAUUGGCCGCAACCGAUGUCGAUCUGCAGAAAAUGAUCGAACAUGAAGCGGAACAGCUCGAGCGUUCAGUUGCCAACGAUUCCAGGACGAUCGGGGCGCACCUGAAAGAUGUCGCCUCGUUCAUGGGGAGCGAACCAAUUUGCAUUUGGACCCUGAUCAAUAUGGCUUACUGCUGUCUGGUCCUGCUCGGCAAAUCGAUCCAGAAGGUGGUUUUCGGCGAACUGCGAAUCUCCGAACAGCAGCACAUGAAGGACAAAUUUUGGAACUUCAUCUUCUACAAGUUUAUCUUCGUGUUCGGCGUCGUGAACGUGCAGUAUCUUCAUGAGGUCAUCCUGUGGGUGUCAUGGUUCUCCGUCCUCGGGUUCCUUCAUCUUCUGUCGCAGCUGAGCAAGGACCGAUUCGAAUACCUUUCGUUUAGCCCGACAACUCCGGGAUGGUCCCAUUUCCGACUGAUUGCGCUCCUGUCGGCGAUCCUCACUCUGUCCGGUUUCAUGCUGAUCGUCUCGAUCGGAGUAGGCGUGUUCAUCAGUGGCGUCAACACAUUCGCCUUCAUGGCUGCCGAGUGCGUUUUGCUGUCGAUACGGACUCUGCACGUUCUGAUUCGGUACGCGAUGUUCCUUUACGAUAUGCGCCAGGGAGGAAUUACCCAUGAGUCAAUUUCAUGGGACAAACGAGGUCCAGUGGCUUACUACAUUGAGUUGUCAUUUGAGGUGGCCGCACUCAUCGUUGAUUUCGGUCAUCAUCUGCAUAUGCUGCUGUGGAGUAACAUCUUCCUCUCGAUGGCCAGUUUGGUGAUUAUCAUGCAGCUCAGAUGUUUGAUCAACGAAAUUCAGAGGAAAAUCAAAAAGCACCGCAAUUACCUGUGGGUUCUGAAUCACAUGGAAAAGACCUAUCCGCUGGCGACGUCGGACGAUUUGAAGCAGAAUUCGGACAAUUGCGCUAUUUGUUGGGAGAAAAUGGAAACUGCUAGGAAGCUGCCAUGUGCGCAUUUGUUCCAUAACUCGUGUCUUCAAUCCUGGCUGGAACAGGACACAAGCUGCCCGACGUGUCGACUAGGACUCAGCGUACAUAACAACAACGCAAACAUUCUACAGAACGAUAUCCACAUCGAUGAUACCGAAACGCCCGGCCGGACAGGCAAUAAUCAUUUCUUUCACUUCAACGGCUCCCGUUACGUAUCCUGGUUGCCAAAUUUCUCCGUCGAAGUUACCCACAUCAAUUCGGUACUUCGAAAUGAACCUAUCCCUCGCGAAACGGCAGCAGCCAAUCACACCUCUCAGAUAAGAAACAUGGCUCGCCAUGUACAGGAAAUGUUUCCCCGUUUCCCGCUGUCCACGCUGAUUGCCGAUCUGCAGAUUUCCCGUUCGAUCGAAGUAACGAUCGAUAACAUUCUCGAAGGACGCCUGCAGGUACCGGCGCGAUUUCAGGAAUUUGACGAUCUCCUCGAAGACGAUUCCACACAGAAUACCACUCCCAGUACUCCCAGCACGCUGAAUGACAGCAACAACAGUAGUUUUAAUAGUCCGGCACAGACGCCCGGUGGUUCCAGUGCGGAUUUCCCAGCCAUAGCCCCCAAUGAGUACUAUGUCAAUGCGACCGAGUUCAAUCCUAGUCCUGGCCAUUACGGGUCGAAUGGUUCGGCACUUUCGUCCCCUUCCGGGAGCACUUCGGGCAGCAGUGGUUAUGAGGUUGAGCGGAGUACGAACAUUUUCGGUAACUUCGAUAAUCUGUUGCGAGACGAAAGCUUCGACGACGUUCCGCUGGGUGAUCGCUUCUCCAAGAGCUCGGAGGAACGGGAACGCAUACUGCAGCGGAGAAAGGAGCAGCUACUUAUGGUGGCGAGGAGAAAGUACCUCGAAAAGAACAAAUCUGAUCUGAACCAGUCACCGGGUGGUGGCCGCAGUUACACCCAAGGCGAUGCCGUCCGGCAUCGCAACAAAAGCUGCAUGGAGGAAGCACCCUAUCCACAGCCAUCUCAGCAUUCGUCCACAUCUCCGACGGCGACUGCGGCAGCGGAGAUUCCAGUGCUCUCGUCCUUCCCAGUGUCAUCAUCGUCAUCCUCAACGCAUUCGUCCUCAGCCGUCGCUGCCAGUGAACGAACAGCAACGGCUACCAGUGAAGAACGGCAGUGGCUAUAAAGUAAAAAAGAACAAAUCAGAAGAAGAAAAUAACUUUGCAAACUCUAAUAACAACAACUACAAAUGUGAUCAUUAUCGUGUAGAAAGCCAGCAGCAAACCCGAUAAGCAAACAUGCAAAGACAACUAAACACAAACACUCAAACAAAACUGUAAGCAAGGGCGAGAAUCAACAGUAUCGAUUUAGUGAAUAGUAACUAUGAUAACAAAUAAAAAGAAACAAUUUAAUUUUUAGAGAAAGUUUGCUCGGGGCGACCGCGAGGUUCGUCACCGGGUAAACUAAGCAGGAGACAGUACUGAAAGCAUGAAAUUGAUGAUUGAAAUGUGAGCGAGAUUCGUAAGACGGACCGACAAGGAUAGUGAACAGUUAAGCAUAUUUUUUGAAGUAAAAAAAACAGUACUGCAAGCGUUGUGAUGUUAUUUAUUUAUAUACUAUAAUGUGAACUAGUGAACUCUAGGCAAGCGUAUUUUAAAAUGAACGGAACACAAUAUAUGAGAAAAACAAACAAGUCUUAGCUUAAUAAAGAUUCUGUUGUUAGUUUUCGUUUCUAAGUA